AUGUCUGAUGUGAAUGUAUUAGAUCAAGCACUUGAAUGCUUGAAUCAGUUGAAGAUAGUUUAUGAUUCAUUAAAUAAAAUCCAGAUGAAAGCAGAACCAAAGCAAAUCUGGAAGAUGUUGCAGCAAGAACAGUGGAAUUGUGGAAAGCGAUUCAGGCAUUGCACAUCAAGUUUAAACCUUUUACAGGGAUUAAACAACCCUGUCGAAAAAGCAAAUAAUUACAAAGCGAAAUUAGUCCCGUGGACAAAAUCAUGA